GGCAUCAACCACCUCACUCAAUUGCAGUGCUCGUACACCCGUGACAUGCUCCUAUCAACUUGAAUUGAUACAGAGAUCUGAACUGAAAAAUGGAUGAUAUUGAAGGGCCCAACUUCACUAUCGACGACGCCGGAGGUCGCGCCAAAGUUGAACAAUACAUACAUAUAAGCAAGUUCAGAACAGGGGACACAGUUUACUUGCACUUUUCCGGUACAGCUGCACCAGAAGGCCCCUACAUUAUCGCAUCCGUACCAUCGGCUGGGAAAUACACUCUUUGCCUGCCUGAUGGGCAGACUGUUAGGAAUGGAGAAGCGGUAGAAGAGCAAUAUUUACAAGGAACACAAUGCUGCGCAGCAUAGAUAAAGAGGCCGGGUUUAACGACGAUGUAGGCAAAAUAGAUGUCUAGAUUAAGUUUUGGAUAGAGGGCUGACUAAAGUGCAUCGUCUGAGUUCCUUAAGGGUGUAAUCAAUUCACA